AACCCAGGAAUUGAACAUUUGUGAAGCAUUCUCGAAUAGAAUCGGUCUCAUUUGUUCCGUGCUUCGACAGAAUCAAAGCUUCAAUCCUGUCGUGGUGCAAGUGUGAUUUAUUUCGCCAGCUUCGGUUGAUUGGUGCUUUGCCUCCGCCAGAACCGAACCGUAACGGUUGCCUAUAUCAGCACUAGCGCCAGCUUUACAACAUCCAGGAUGUACCUUCUCAACGACAGUAACGCGAUCCUGUUCCCCAUGGCCCGAACUAGUGACAUACCUAGGAUGCUUGGAUGGAAUCUACCCGCGGAGUAUCAGCAUCUAGUUCACGAGCACUGGAAAAAUUACCCUGCACCGCCCUAUCACAUGCAUCUUCUACUUGCUAUGAUCUACUUUGUGUUGAUGGUUGUUUCCUGCAUAGGAAACGGAAUUGUAGUGUGGAUAUUUUCAACAUCUAAGUCACUUCGUAAUGGAUCAAAUAUGUUCAUAGUGAACCUGGCUAUUUUCGACUUACUCAUGAUGCUAGAGAUGCCAAUGUUUCUAGUCAAUGCGGUGUCAGAACGACUGGUUGGUUAUGGUAAGGCUUGUUCCGCUUACGCGGUGUUGGGUGCAGUAUCUGGCAUGGGAGCCGCAAUCUCCAAUGCUGUUAUUGCUUUCGACCGGUACCGCACUAUUUCAAACCCACUGGAUAACCGUCUCAGCCGAAAGCAAGCCGGAAUCUUAGUGGCCAUCACUUGGUUUUGGACAACACCAUUUACCUUGCUGCCAACGUUCAGAGUUUGGGGUCGCUUUAUCCCGGAAGGCUUUUUAACGACAUGUUCCUUCGAUUAUCUGACCGAUGACGCAGAAACUCGUGCCUUCGUUUUAUCCAUUUUCACGUGGGCUUACACUAUUCCGAUGGUUUUGAUUUGCUACUUCUACAUGCGACUAUUCAGUCAUGUUCGCCAGCACGAGGCAAUGCUUAAGAACCAAGCACGGAAGAUGAAUGUUGAAUCACUGGCUGCGAACCGUAACACCAAGGCUCAGGCGGUAGAAAUCAAAAUUGCCAAGGCAGCAUUCACCAUUUGGUUCCUCUUCGUUUGCGCAUGGACACCGUACGCUAUCGUCGCGAUGACUGGAGCCUUCGGAGAUCGAACUCGGCUAACACCUUUCUACACAAUGAUUCCAGCUAUGUGUUGUAAGAUUGUGUCGUGUUUAGACCCAUGGGUUUAUGCCAUAAGUCAUCCAAGGUACCGCCAGGAACUGGAGCAACGGGUACCGUGGCUAGGCAUCAGAGAAGAACCGGACAACGUCAGCAAUACGGACAGCAAGAACACGGUUCUAGCAGAGUCCAACGCCAACGGGGAGUAAUAUGUCAAGCAAAAUUGGCUCACCCAGAGUCACAAAGUAAAUGUUUGAUGACGACUAACGGCUACGAAAAAGGACCUUUAUGUGUAAUAAAUGAUAUUUUUUAUGUGUUAUUUUAAAGCAAAACAAGACGCGAAAAUAAACAACGCAACGACAGAGCUCUA